CCCUGCUCCAUCAGCAGUGGCUGGACAAGUGGAGGAAUCAUGAAUCAUCAGUGAGGGCCUGAAGUCGAAGCUUGGAUGGUUUAUUACAGACGAUUGGUUUGUUUUCCCGGUUGCUUUCAGUAGUCUAACGUUACCUUUUAAUAGCUGAUAUUCGAGUAAAAAUAUUUAGUUUGUACUGAAAAGCUGGUAGCCUAAUUUUGGGGCUUUGACGUUCGCUAGCUAAACCUACCAAGCUCCGCCAGCUCAACUUGUAAACACUUUUGUGAAAGAUGGCUGACAACGGCGCACACCCGACCGAAGAGGACCCAGCCGCAGCUUUUCUGGCUCAACAGGAGAGCGAGAUAGCGGGGAUAGAGAACGACGGAGACGGGUUUGGGGCGCUGGAAGAAGCGGACGGAGAGCGGACGUCUCCUCCGGAGCCGACACCGGAGCCGGAGCCGACACCGUCCAGCUACGAUGGUUUCGAAGAUGAGCCUGCCACCGUGAAUGGGGAUAUGUUUCAGGAGUCCAAUGGCCCAACAGACAACUAUGCAGCUAUCGCCCAGGUGGAUAUUCAGAGGCAAGAGCCAGAGAGUUUACGCAAGUGGAGGGAGGAGCAGAUGACACGCCUUGAAGUAUUAGACUUAGCAUCCAAGGCAGCAGAGGCGGAGUGGAGAGAGAAGGCCAAAAAGGAGCUGGAAGACUGGCAUGUACAUCAAAAUGAGCAGAUGGAGAAGAACAAGGUCAACAACAGAGCAACGGAGGAGGAUUUCCUGGAAGAGGGCAACAGCGACAGUCCGGGGUCCGAAUGGGAGAGAGUAGCCCAUCUCUGUGACUUUAAUCCGAAAACCAACAAACAGGCAAAGGAUGUUUCUCGUAUGCGCUCUGUCCUCAUUUCUCUCAAACAGACGCCCCUAGUUCGCUAGAGGAGGUCGCAGGGAGAAUGUUGUUCAAGAAACAUUGCCUUUUGCGUUUUAACCUCACAAUGCAUAAGAAGAGUUUGUAUGCCCUUUUCCAUAUAUUUCCUGGUAUGUUUAUAAUCUUUGAAAACUUCCCGCCUUUUUUGAUGCCUAAUAUAUUGAAAUAAUAUACUUAACCCCACUCUCUUGUGAGAAGAUGAAGGACUGCUCUAUUGUUACGACAUUCUUUGGCUGGUCAGUUUUAUCACUGCUAUAUUUAAGAAAAUAUUGUUUCUUUUUAAAUUAAACAUUUCCCUUCCCUUUUAUCUAUACAUUGUCAUUAGGUCAGUUUUCUUGCAUGCCUCUGCCAAUAUUUUGGAUGCACAUUUUAUAGUUUUUAUAAAUUAGCAUUUUGUUCGAUGUCGAACACUAAGCACUAUUGCUUAUUAGAUUGUAACCACUUAUGCCUCAAUGUAGAAUUAUCAGCACUGUCUUUGUUCACAUUUGUUGUAAUAUACCCUUAAUUACCAUAUUUAACAUUGCAAGCAUAUAUUUCUUUUUAAAUGCAUAAGCUUGUGGCCUUUUUGACAGCUUACUCCAGUUUGAGUAUUCAGCUAAAUUGAUUUAGAGACAAGAUCUCAGCAAAAAAAUAAAAUAAUUCACAACCAAAGAUCUAAAUGUUAAGAUUUAAAGCGAUUAAUAAUUUUGCGACUUCUCAUUUCACACAAUUUCUCUGCGGAAGUUUUAUGCACCAUUUGUGUUACAGUAAUCACUAAGUUGUCAAUUUCAACUAAUGUCUGCACAUUGUUUCACAUGUUGCCUAUUUGGACAUUAUGAAUACAGAAACAAGUGAAUGUUAAAAGGGAACUGGAAAAUAAAAACAGCGGAGUAUGAUCACCUAAA